AUGACUGGGUUGUUGUCUCUACCACCUGAGCUUCUCCAGGAAAUAGGCACUAAGAGGACCCGGGCCGACAGGACUCUACGUUUAAUAUGCAAACAGAUCAAUUUUGGGCUGGAGCCGCGAAUUUUGUCAACAAUUGCGUUAUUAUCGAUAUCCCAGCUCGAACACCUGGUUGCCGCUGAGCCAAAGCCAUCACCUACUGCAAAAUAUGCAACCCAACUAAACGUUUACCUAUAUGACCUGUUUAACGAGAACAGGGGUUUAACGUCUGAAGAGGAGGCCAAAAUCAAGUUAUUACUUGUCCCAGCUAUUGGGUCCUUGACUGGGGUCCGUAAAGUCUUGGGCUGGCUCACGUCUGACAGUGACACCGAUCCAGAGUGGGCCGUCCUCCAAGUUUUUGAUGCCCUUGCGUCGCUUCCAUUCCUAAAUGAUCUUCAUCUGUGCUGUUGGCCUGUUUCCAACCCUUUCUUGCAGCUGCGACGAUUGCCACACCUCGAAAAUUUGACCAUUACCCGUGAAUCUUGGCAGGAUGAUGAUUGCAUCACCGUUAUUCCCAUUUAUCAGAAUGCGCCGAACUUGAAUGACCUUCUUUCGGAAACAUCCAAAAGUUCGGUGUUCUUGAAAAUCACACAUCUUACCUUGAAGGGGCUGCCUGUAAAACUGGAUGCCACCGUACUUUCCCAUUUGAGAUCACUGAUCUCUCUCACUACUGAUGUUACCUUCUCACCGCCGGAUCAAGUUUCGGAUAAUCAAGGUGCUGGAUUUUCGUCAGGAGAUGUUUGGUCGGUUUUGUGGUUCGAAAAAAUCCAUCUGCAGGAAAUUAUCACAGAUGUCGUCCAAUCAGCCCUCAUCGAGUAUCUAGCAUCAUUUUCUGGUCUUCGACGUCUCAUACUUACUGAAACACCAUAUGACAUGCCGCCACAGGUGUCUGAUCAACUUGCUCUCAAGUUUUAUGAACAGGCUCUCCAGAAUCACGUCCAUUCCCUCGACGCUCUUGAAAUCAACACCAAUUACGAAGGGAAAUGGUCUUUCGCGAGCCACUGCUCCAGCAUAAUAAUAAAAUGUACACGCCUUACGUUCCUCAAAUUAUCCAUCAACUCUGAGGAUAUGGCGGAAGAAAAUAACAAUAAAGAGGAUUCAUCCGCCAGCGGAGGCAAUGUGAUUUGGUCGCUCUUGGAUAUCUGUGCAGCUCUCCCUGCUUUGAAGACUCUUAAAUUGUUCAGCACUUCCACAUAUGGAACGGUCACUGCCAAGCAUUGCGCUCGGACAAAUGCUAAGAUCAUCAAGAAUGUGACAAGCUAUAAGCCAACCACCCCCAGUCAUGCAUUCCGCAUUUUCAUAGAUCGGGAUGAAUUUGAGUUGCAGCGGGAUGAGUUGGGUAUGAACCUCGGAUACCGAUGUACUCUAUAG